AUGGACCGCGCCGCGGGAGCCCCCGGCCCGCCGCGGGGCAGGGCCCCGGGGGAGGAAGAGCAUCCCGCCGGGCCGCCGCGGUCCUCGGAGGAGCCGGGGCGGCGCGACGAAGCCCUCAUGGCCGAGCUCGCGGAGCUGGUGCGGGAGGUGGUGGAGAGCAGCGGCUGGUGGGAGAGGCACGGCGUGGACGUCUGCAUCAUCGCCCUCAGCUUCCUCCUGCUGCCCGCGGGGUUCCUGUGCCUGCGGUCGGCCUCCGCCGUCCCCUUCCUGGCCGGCGUUGUCGUCCUCGGCGUGGGGCACCACGCGGUGACUGUGAAGGGCAGCCACCUGGCCAGCCACAACGCCUUGACGGAGUCCAAGGCCUGGGGCAAAGUGUGGGCUGUCUUCUUCAUUGAGGUCUGUUCAGCUUUCACGGCCGAGCAGGCCACCUACAACCAUGUGAAGAUCCACCACGGCUACACUAAUGUCAUCGGUUUGGGGGAUUCCAGCACCUGGAAGCUGCCUUUCUUGAACCGCUAUGUGUACAUGUUCAUCGCACCUCUUGCAGUGCCUAUCAUAACCCCUCUUGUUGCGCUGGAUUUGCUGAGGAAUGUCAAGUUGAAAACAGCUCUCCGGACCAUUUGCUUCAUGUUUCUGGGUCUUUAUUCCCAUUACUGGAUUCUGCUCCAUGUCUCGGGUUUCCGGUCUGCCUGGUCCGCUCUGCUCUGCAUGCUGGUCACACGCUCCCUCCUUGCACAUCCCUAUAUCCACGUGAACAUCUUCCAGCACAUCGGCCUCCCCAUGUUCGCGGCCGACAAGAAACCCAAGCGGAUUCAGCUCAUGAGCCUCGGCGUGCUGAACCUGCCCCGCAACGCCCUGCUCGACUGGGCCUUCGGCCACUCGCUCGUCAGCUGCCACGUGGAGCAUCACCUCUUCCCCGGCCUCUCCGACAACAUGUGCCUGAAGAUCAAACCCGUCGUCUCCCAGUACCUGAGGAAGAAGCAGCUGCCGUACAACGAGGACUCCUACGCGUCCCGGCUCCGGCUCUUCCUGCAGAAAUACGAGGAGCUGAUGGUCCACGCUCCCCCCAUAACGGAGCUGGUGGGCGUGCAGUGAGCACAGGGCCCCUCGCGCUGUCGGGGGGCCGUUUCCGCAGGGCGUUACAGCACGGCCGGUGCUUUCGGCGGGAUUGGGACAUCGCAGGCGCUUGCUUCCAUAAAGCAAUUGCAUAGGAAA